AUGGUUAAUGUAAAGAUCACAUUCUUUGGUUCAAGCACUGUGGGGAAAACAUCACUUAUACGACGAUAUCUCAAGAAGUCUCUUGAAGAAGAAUACUUCCCAACGAUCCAAGACAUCUUCAUAACUAAAAUAGAGUCUGAGGGGUUUGCUGUGGAUGCCAAUAUCGUCGACACGUCAGGAGAUUCGACACUGUCAAAGAUGCGCGACGAACAAAUUAUAGACAGUGACUAUAUAGUCUUCGUCUAUUCUAUUAAUGACAAAGAGACGUUCGAGAGCGCACACAAAGACAUCGGACUCUGCUUAACAGAAGUCUCUGCGUCAUACAAAAAACACUUGCCUUCGGUCAUCAUAGUUGGCAACAAAUGCGACUUAAAGAAAGAGCGUGAAGUCUCUUGUAUAGCCGGAGAGGAGCUGGCGGUUAAAAUACGAAGAGUCUGCCCGUGUGCAUUCUUAGAAACCUCGGCCAAAGAAAACACACAAGUGGAUGUACUCUUCACAACACUGGCAACUGGAAUUCCAGAGAUCGAAUUGACGCCACUCAGCAAAUCAUACAGCCGCCCAUACCUCUCUCCAAGAUCAAAGUUCUCAAGAACAAAAAAAAUCCUCCACAUCGAAAAGGUGAAAGAAGAAGAAAAAGAACAUGAGGUUCAGUCUCUGACUUCCUCCCCAACUACUUCAAGCAUUACCACUUUGAGGCUCACUGUCUCUGUAAAGGAGGAACAUAAACACAAUACGCAAAAACUCGACGGCAGAAAAAAAUUCCUCGCAGAAUUCAUCGGCUUCUUGACACCAAGAAAAACUCUCUAA